CAGAGAGGGAGGAAUGAAGUUCUGUCCCGUUUAUCAACACACGGCUCCAGUUUCUCACAAUAACAACCUCAAAUGCUGAGCAGGUGUAGCUGCCAUGGAUGCAAAUGUGAUCCCCAAAUUCUCUUCUAAAGAUGAAGAAAUUGACUUCUGGAAAACUCUUUCUCUCAAGUACAAGAAAAGCUAUAAGGAGGCGCAGGAGGAGCUGUUGGAGUUUCAGGAGGGCAGUCGUGAGCUGGAGGCUGAGCUGGAGACUCAGCUGGGUCAGGCUGAACACCGGCUCAGAGAUCUGCAGGCGGAUAACCAGAGACUCCACCAUGAACUCGACACUUUAAAGGAGAAAUUGGAGCAUCAGUAUGCUCAGAGUUAUAAACAGAUCUCCAUGCUGGAGGACGACCUGGUCCAGACCCGGAGCAUUAAGGAGCAACUGCACAAAUACGUCAGAGAGCUGGAGCAAGCCAACGACGACCUGGAGAGGGCAAAGAGAGCUACAAUUACAUCACUGGAGGACUUUGAGCAGAGACUGAACCAGGCCAUCGAGAGGAACGCCUUUCUGGAGAGCGAGCUGGAUGAAAAAGAGUCUCUCCUGGUGUCAGUACAGAGACUGAAGGAUGAAGCGAGAGACCUGCGGCAGGAACUGGCAGUGCGUGAGAGGCAGCCUGAAGUGACCAGGAUGUCCGCUCCCAGCUCCCCGACUCCCGACAGUGAGAAAACCGAUCCUGCAGUGCAGGCUUCCAUCUCUCUGCCUGCAACGCCACUCAGCCAGAGCCUGGACAACGCCUUCAGCAACCAGAAAGUGCUAGUAGACGGCUGUAAUAAUUCAGCUCUCACUCCGGCUGCCAGAAUGUCUGCUCUAAACAUCGUAGGUGAUUUACUACGCAAAAUCGGGGCUUUGGAGUCUAAGCUAGCAGCCUGUAGAAAUUUUGCAAAGGACCAGGCUGAUCGAAAGAACUACGUCAUCAACGCCAACGGGAAUCUAAUAAACCGGGAGAUCGGACAAUAUUCGAACUCGCUGCACGUGUCGUACUUCGACAGGCCCGGAACAGUAACUCGGCUGAACCCGGACGUGGUGACUGACAACAACCCAUCUACACCCGGCAUGGUACCUCUGAGUGUGUGAUCCACAGUCACGCACACACCGGGAAUCUUCCAAAGCACUACAUGCUCGUAGUCGGGCUGAAACAGGGUUAGUUAGCUAUGCAACCAGAGGCAGUCUACCUGUAGCACCGUGCUCUGCCUAUCUCAAAUUCUGUGUCGUUCCGUUUAGCCUCGAUUAUCCUCGCUGUUAACUAGUCGUACACGUAAUAUGCAUCCUUUUUAAUAAUUGUGAACGGUCAACGUGGUCAGUCCUGGUGUGCGGCUUUGCUGUUAGUUCUGUCGUUGGGAAGGUUUAAAUAAGCUGCUCCGUAAAUGACCUACAGUGGGGUUUCCCUUCAUACUUGCUAAUCAACGCAAUGUAAUAAUCUAGAUUGUCCAUUAACAUGCAGAAAAUGCAUGUAAUACAUGUUAUUAGAGCUUUGUUAUCCUGGUCAGGGUCGCAGUAGAUCCUCCUCCUUUGGAAACACUGGGCGCAAGGCAGGAACACACCCCAGACCGGGUGCCAAUCCAUCGCUGGGCUUUAGCCAUCCCCCUUACUCAGACUUAGCCAAUCUGUGCCAGUCUGUGUAGGCUCCCGGCUGGCUGAUAGCACCUGCUGAGAAUUGGUGGUAAUCAGCUGGGACCGCUGGGACACAGGGUUCGAAUCCCCAGUGGUUCUGUCGGCCAGUUGGACAUCCACUGGCUAUGUCUGACAUGUUUGUGUUGGGGGUGUUGGAGAACAGCUGAGGCCCUGCGAUGGAUUGGCGCACCCUCCGGGGUGUUCUACCCCUGCGUCUAGUGUUUUCCGGUGGAACCGGACCUGCCAAGACCCUGACCAGGAUGAAGCCGGGGAUAAAAUGGAAUGAAAGAACUUAUUACAUAGCACAGCCUGUCCGGCACCUAUACACACUGAUUGAUAAGGGUGCUUUGUAUAAAUACAUUGUAUGUGGAAGUGCUCAUUCAGCGGUUAACACACUGGCCAAGGUUGCUGAUUUUAGCUCCACCAGGUGCUGGUUGGGCCCCUGAGUAAGGCCCUUAACCCUCGUAAUGCAAUAAACCUAAACUAUAUGUUUACCAACAAAUCAUAUGCAUGUCAGCCAUCCUCGAUUAUUCAAAGAGUUAACAGCAGGUAUACGACAGGCUUACAGUCAGCACUCCUGAUAGAUUUACUCCAGCUUAUAGCCUCAUAUUGCGUCGUUUCUUUAAUGUAUAACGUUUUGCAUUGCCACAGCGCGAUGUGGAAUAGCUGACACUACUUCCUUUUUUGUUAGAAGAUAAGAACUAUAUCAUAACGGUAUGUGUAUUUAUGGUUAAACCUGUGGUUGAAGUUAUUUAUUUGUGAUACUCACAAAGGAUUGUGAACAACGUAAUCUAAACUGAACAGAGUCUUCUGGGGCUGCUCCUGUUAGGGUGGCAACAGCGGUCAUUCGUCUCCGUCUCUUCUCUGUCCUGAACAUCCUUCCCUGUCGCACCGACCAGGGCAGCAUCAUUCAUCUCUGUAGCCUAGCGGUUCUAGUAUUUAGAAGGUCACUGGAUCAAGCCCCACCACUGCAAGGCUUCCACUGUUGGACCCUUGAGCAAGGCCCUUAACCCUCACUUGCCUAGACUGCAAGUCGCUUUGGAUAAAAGCGUCCACAAAGCGUCCACUAAGAACUAAGUUUUCCAUCCAUUUUUGCAAAUGGUGAACUCCGUUACUUUCAGGAUCUCAGUGUCAGCCAGUAACACAUCAGCUGUUACUGAUAAAGGUCAGAAAUUUCAGCUCCAGAUAAAGAUGAACACAUCUCAUGCACAUGUACUCUGUUUUAAAGUGCAUUUACUGAUGUAUGCUGACAUAUAAAAUCUGUCUGAAUACCGCUGUACUGUAAUAUACUCUAUGCUUACGUGUUCAGUCCCAACUCGCCACUUUAAAUCCUUUUAAAUGAAGGAUAAAGUUUGUUGUUUGUGUAAAACUUUAUUUAAUUUGCUUCUUAAAUAAAGUAAUAGCAAUUAAA